UUCCAUUUGAAAAAUUAACCCAACAUCCAUCACAAAUCACAUUCAUACGAAAUAAGAAGAAAGAGACCAAAUUCAUAAACUUAAGAAUUUAUAUAUGCAAAGAGUUGUUCCGUUUCCACCCCAAUUUCGCAAAAACAAACACCAUGGAUCCACCUCCGACAAUUGCUCCUCCUUAUGAUCAAAACAGCAGGCUCAUGGUCACAGCCGUUGUUUCAUUAUGCUUUGUGGUUUUUCUUGUCGUCAUUCUUCACAUAUAUGCAAGAUGUGUCCUUCGACAACGAGCUCGCCAUAGAUCUUCCUCCAUUCGACUUCAACAGCUAGGGCUGGCAAUUUCUCAGCUACAGACAACUAUUGAACCACCGCCCAAGACCGGGCUUGACCCGUCUGUCAUCGCCUCUCUUCCGGUAUUUGUUUUCAAACAAGCUGAUACUACCAAGGACGAGACAAGGACAAUUGAGUGUGCGGUUUGUUUGAGCAUAUUAGAGGAGGAUGAAAUGGCUAGGCUUUUACCAAACUGUAACCAUACCUUCCAUGCAGAGUGCAUUGAUAGAUGGCUUGGUUCACACUCAACAUGUCCUAUUUGUCGAACUGAUGCUCAGCCCUGCGAAGCUGUGGCUGGUGGUGCACCACCGCUACCACCACCCUCCCCUCCACCACUGGAACGUGUGAAUUCUGUACUUGUAACAAGAGUGGAAGGGACAUCAGCCGAUGGUGGGUUACAAUCUUCUGCAAAGGUUGGUGGAUCGAGCUCCUCGCGCUUGAGCUCUUUUCGGAGGAUGCUUACUAUUAGAACCUACACGUAA